AUGUCUCCUUCUCUUGACAUGAACUUGCGUUGGCAAGACCAGAACGUGGUCAAAGUAAAUGGGGAAUGGACCAUUGAUGGGCGCCCGGUCGUCAACGUCGUCCCAGCUUACCAACAUCAACCCUCGAAUAUUCCAGGAAUGACAUAUAUCGGAUUGAAAGUCACAGCACCCCGGAACGCGGCAACACCUCCUCAUAAACAUGGAGGUGCAGCUGUAGUUGCGACGAUGAUUCGAGGUCGUAUGCUCAAUCAGAUGGAAUGUGAUGGAAAAUGCGACGGACCGCGAAUUUAUUCCGAAGGAGAAUGUUGGUAUGAACCUCCAGGUUGUCAUCAUGUCCGGAGUGAGAAUGCUGGUGACGAAGAGGCGGUUUUCAUAGCCAAUCUUGUGAUUGAGACCAAGAAGAUCGAAGAAAUGGGGGUUCUGAAUGCAUUAAUUCAGAUCGAUGCCGCGGAGGAAGAGAAAGCCGGGGAGCUGGUGGGCAGCAAGAUGUGA